CCAUUAUCACUGUAGAUGGUUUGGAUGCAGAGAAACAUCACACACUGCUGCAGGGACUUCAUUCAGGUUACACUCUGAAGAAUGGAAAAUAUCUACAAUAACACCACCUUCCUCACUGAAAGCUCGGAUUACGAGAACUUCCCUGAAUUUCAGUAUUACAUGAAAGUUCGUUUCAUAAUUCGUGUUGUGACAUACAUAAUCAUCUCCAUCGGCCUUCCUUUGGACCUCGUGGCCAUCUAUGCUCUUUACUCUCUGGUGAGAAAGGAUCAUGUUGCUCCGAUCUACGUCAUCAACCUUCUCAUUUCAGACCUCAUUCAGUUCUGCUGCAUGAUCGCAUUGGAGUCACAACACAUCCAUGGCAUUGCUUAUGAAAUUGUGUAUUAUUUCUACUGUUGUGGUCUAGUGGCCAGUGUUUGCUUCAUGAUGUGUGUCUCUCUGGAAAGGUACUUGGUCGUCACCCACCCACUGUGGUACCGAUUCAAACGAACCAUCAAGACCUCCGUGAUAGUCUGUGUCGUGGUCUGGGUCAUAUCUCCUAUCUGUUGCCUUAUUGUGUGUCCCUGGGUUGAUAGUAAGGUCCCAGAAAUCAUCUUCUCCGUUUUCCUCAUCAUUCCUCUCCCACUGUUUAUAUUCUGCCUGGUUGGGACCCUUAGAGCCCUCUCUGCUUCUGUCUCGGUCCCCUCUGAAGAGAAACGACGAAUUGUUGGAAUUCUGGUCCUGGUGCUGCUCACUUACACGCUGCUGUUCCUGCCCAGCAUCAUUAGUUACCAGGCAGAGGGCAUGUUAGACAACAGUUGUUACAUCGUGUCCCUCGUGUUUGUUAGGCUGAGUCCUCUUGCAGAUCUAGUUCUGUAUUUUCUCAUAAGAAAGGACGCAAUUGGUCAGUUUCUGGCCUCUGUGUGUUGUUGCAAAAUAGAGAGCAAUGAUAACAACACAUCAACAGUGAAUGUUGACAACAUCUAGACAGAAAGCUUCAUACAGGCAUAGAGAAAGAAGAGAAAACAGGCCAAAAUGUACUUCAGCUCAGGUAUAACUAAUGUCUAUCCCAAAUGUAUAUCCAUGUCUACCCAAAAGCUAAACAUGAAUGAGGACUACUUGUUUGCUAUGUUGUUAAUUUUCUUUAUUAAUAAAUAAAACAUAAUAACA